UUUUAAUCCACAUAAACUAAAAAUCUAAAAUUCAGAAGUUUCAUUUGUAGGAAUCCUCUUAUUUAAAAACUUUAAAUGAGAUUUUCUUAAAUAAACUCUCCUUUAAAUGAACAAGCAUAGCAACAGAUUAAUUAAAAUUUUUCAAGUGAAAGUCUUGAAUAGAAAUAUCAGCCUUUAAUAUAUUUCAAAAUAAUCGAAAGCAUAAUUUUUAAAUGCUUCCAUAAAUGGGCAAACUAAUUACAAAUACCUAAGUAAGUAAUACUUUAGAAAGAAAUGGCUUUAAAAUCUACUUUGUCAUCAAGAAUUUACGGCGAUAUAGAUGUAACAUUUAACUAAUAUUUAGAAAAGUUUAUUUUUAAAUGGAACGAUACAAACAAGAAUAUGCAAAAAUACUUUGAGGAUAGAUACUCUUAUAAUAGAUUAACAAUGCAUCCUACAGAAGGAAGAUCAAUCGAAUCUAUAAAACUAUAAUAUUAUUUAGAAGAAAGUUCUUUUUUAUUUAUGAAAGCUGCAAAAUUAAACAAAAAAAGAAUGGCGAACUCAUAUGAUUGUAUUGAAUUAAGAUUCACAGCCAAAGAAUCUGGUGUAAAUAUGGAUGAAUUCCCUACUUUAGAAUAAAUGAUGAGUUCUUUUGAUAAUUUUUAAAAAAGCUUUGAAAAAUUAGUAGAUCAUAUUAUAAGUAAAUUUAUUCAUACUCCUUUAGGACAUCCAAAAAAGAUGAAAAAAGACGAAGAAAUAGAUCUUUUGAUAUUCUGGGGGAAAUAAUUGAGGAAAAAAAAAGCAUAUAUAAGAAAUAGAAUCAAUAAUAAAAUUAAUACCUAUCCUUUAUUAAAACCAAGCUUUUUGGAUGAUACUACAUGGGCAGGAGAUCGUGAUGGAAAAAAAGAAAUCGAUGCUUUUCAUUAUUGUAAAUUCGAAUUAGAGUCUCAAAAAGCUUUUUUUAAUAAACUUUUGACAAAAUUAGACAAUCAAUUAUUAGAAGAUACUGUAAGCUUAGGAGAAAUAAGAAUAACGAUAUCUAAAAGUGACGGUUCUGAAUCUAUGGGAUCUUAUUUGGAGCCUUAUUUGAGCACUAAUAAUAUAGUUUUAUUAGAUAAAUUAUGUAAAGUGCAUAAUUUGGGAUUUAAAGUACUUUAUGGAUUAGGGGCUAAUGAUUUGGAAAGACUGGCUUAUCAUGAUAGUGAAAGUAUCAAGCCUGCUUAGACCCUUUAAGGAGGUAAUAUUCCCAAUUUUGUAAAUUAUAAAAGAAUUGUUAAAACACUUUUAAGACCAAAAAUUGACUACAAUAAGGAUUUAUUGGAAGAAUAUUUAACUAAUGGAAAAAAUAAAGAGUUUAUCUAAAAUUUCACUAAUUAUAUGCAUAAAUAGCACUUAAAGAAUUAUUUUGGAAUUCAUGCUUAGUAUUAAGAUUUUAAGUAUUACUCAGGAAGAACCUUGUUUAGAGGGCCAAUUGUUAUGGAUAUUCAAGGAAUUAUGGGAAGAGCUAGUGCUAGAGGAGAAACGAGGAUAGGAAAUUAAGAAGAAUAGGGGAAGUGA